CGGAGAGGCGGGAGGAUGGGGUUGAUUCGCCAUGGCCUCCGCAGCGAGCAGGCGGUGAGCUUCAUGAGGUCAGGACCCACGUCUCCUUGGUCCAUCGCCAUGCAACCCCGGCCCCGCCAGCACCCAGUGUGAAUGGCAUCUCAUGUGCCUUAGGUGAACAGAAAGAGUCUGCUGAGGGCGAGGGUCAUGGACUUCAUCACCUCCACGGCCAUCCUGCCCCUGCUGUUGGGCUGCGUGGGCGUCUUCAGCCUCUUCAAGCUGCUGCAGUGGCUGCGCACGAGAGCCUACGUCCGGAACGCCGUGGUGGUCGUUACCGGCGCCACGUCGGGCCUGGGCCGAGAAUGUGCCAGAGUUUUCCAUGCUGCGGGUGCUAAGCUGGUGCUCUGUGGCCGGAAUGCCGAGGCCCUGGAGGAGCUCACCCGAGAACUUGCUGCUUCCCGGGCUACCAAGGUGCAGACUCACAAGCCUUACACGGUGACCUUCGACCUCACGGACCCUGGGGCCAUAGUGGGGGCUGCUGCGGAGAUCCUGCAGUGCUUUGGCUAUGUGGACGUGCUCAUCAACAACGCUGGGAUCAGCUACCGCGGCACCAUUGUGGACACCAGCCUGGACGUGGACAGGAGAGUCAUGGAGACAAACUACUUUGGUCCAGUUGCUCUGACGAAAGCGCUCCUGCCCUCUAUGAUCAGAAGGCGCCAGGGCCACGUUGUCGCCAUCAGCAGUAUCCAGGGCAAAAUCAGCGUUCCUUUCCGAUCCGCGUACGCGGCCUCCAAACACGCGACCCAGGCCUUCUUCGACUGCCUGCGGGCCGAGGUGGAGCGGCAUGACAUCGAGGUGACCGUCGUCAGCCCCGGGUACAUCCAGACCAGCCUCUCCCUCAACGCCGUCACGGCCGACGGGUCCAAGUACGGAGUGAUGGACGAGACCACGGCCCAGGGCCGAAGCCCCUCGCAGGUGGCCCGAGACGUGCUGGCUGCCGUGGGGAAGAAAAAGAAGGAUGUGGUCCUGGCCGAUGUGGCGCCUUCCCUGGCUGUUUACCUGCGGACUCUGGCUCCCAGGCUCUUCUUCAGCCUCAUGGCCUCCCGGGCCAGGAAGGAGCGGAAGCCCAAGCGUUGCUAGUGCCUGUGCGGGCAGGCGGCGCGGCAGCACCGCUGCUGCACGGCGACAGGUGUGAAAUGACCAGCAAGAGAGCACAGUAGAAAGGGUUCACGUUGAAAAAUAAAAACUGAGCGCGCCAAUAAUGGAAAGGUCUUUAAAGUGAAAAAGUCAAGUACAGAACAGUGUUUGCAGCCUGUGAUUUCCAGUGCAUUUCUGAGAAAGUGGACGUUUGCUUUUAGAUGCACAGAACGUUUCUGGGUGGAGAUACAAAGACCCAAGAGUUACGACUGUCUCUGAGGAGGGGAAUGGAGGGGCUCCAGAAAGAAAAGGGGCCCCUUCUUACCAAAUGACUUUAGAACCCUUUGAAUUUGGCAGGUUCCAUGGAGCUUAUGGGACGGAACUGGCCGGCACAGGAGCACAGCCUGCCGGGCCACAGGGGCUGCUGCAGGCGCUGCCUCUGGUCAGGGUCACGGGCUCUCCCUGGGGGCUUGUGAACCUGCCUCCAGCUGGGGUCAGUCUCCUCCUCUCCUUGUCAGAAUCGGCUCCAGCAGCACCCAGGAAAUAGUCCUCAAAGGAAUCGUGGGGAACCUGGCAGCCACCACGAAGAGCCCACAGAACAAACCUCAUUUUGCCAGCACAGAAUCCGGCCCUGGGGAUCCCACGCCAUCUUGAAGCCUGUCUUGAACCUGGGAUUACAGGAGCCUCAGACAUGGGACCCACAGAGUCUGGAGACAGCUCCACAAGUCAGAGGUGCACAAGAAUGUUCAAAGCAGCACUCUGGUGAGAGCAGAGAGAGACCGCGACUCGGCCAAGGGAGGGAAAGCCGUGGAGGCACAGUCACCCAGUCCCUCCCGACCCUGAAGGGGAAGCGGGCGCACAACACCCGUGAACGCCUCACACACACACGCACGGUUCAGAAGCAUGCAGAACCAAGCACGUGCCGUCACGGAAACGAUGGAGGAUUCAGGAGUAAGGUGGCUGCUGCCUGCGCUCGGGAGGGAAGUGUGGGCCAGGGAGAUGCUAGCACUUGGUUUAUUAAUUUUUUUCUAAAUUAUGGUAAAAUACACAUAACACAAAAUUUACUAUCUGUAAAUUUUGUGUUAUGUGUACAGUUCAGUAAGGUUAAGUACACUAAGACACUGUUGGGCAACCAAUCUCCAGAACUUUUUUGUCUUACAAAACUAAAACUCUGUCCCCAUUAAACCGCAAUUCCCACCCCACCCCACCCCACCCUUCUACUUUGUCUCUAUGAAUUUGGCUGCUCAGGGAGGGACCUCAUGUAAGUGGAGUCACACAGUAUCUUUUUUUGCGGCCGGCUUCUUUCACUUAGCAUAAUGUCCUCAAGGUUCAUCCAGGUUGUAGCAAGUGUCAAUUUCCUUCCUUUUUAAUGCUGAGUAAUAUUCCCUGUGUGUAUAGACCACGUGUCAUUAUCCAUCCAUCCGAUAGGUUGCUUCCACCUUCUAGCUAUUGUGAACGAUGCCGCUGUGAACACGGGUGUAAAAAUAUCUGUUUUAGUUCCUGCUUUUAAUUAUUUUGGAUAUGUACCUGUAAGUGGGAUUGCUGGAUCAUGUGGUAGUUCUAUUUUUAAUUUUCUGAGGAACCUCCACACUUUCCCACAGUGGCUGUACUAAUUUACAUUCCCACCAACACUGCACAAGGGUUCCCUUUUCUCCGCAUCCUUGCCAACACUUUUAUUUUCUGUUUUUUCCAUAGUAGCCAUCCUAGUGGUAUGAGGUGGCAUCUCGUGGUGGUUUUGACUUGUGCUUCCUAAAUGACAGCUUUAUUGUGAUAGAUUCACCCACUUAAACUGCACAAGUCAGUGGCUCGACACUUUCACUGAGUUGUGCAACCAAGACCACGAUCAAUUUUAGAACAUCUUCCUCACCUCAGAAAGUAACCCCGUCACUCCCCAUUCUCCCCUGACCCCCGUCCCUGGCAAUCUCCAGCCUACUUUCUGUGUAUCUGCCUCUUCUGGGCGUUCUGCAGGAAUGCAUCACGUGGCACGUGGGCUUUGGGGCUGAUUCCUUCAUUUAGCCUCGUGUUCCCAAGAUCGUACAUAUGGUAGCAAGUUUAUAACUUUUCAUAUGGUAGAGACAUACUUUUGAUGGAUUUAACAUAUAAUUUUUAAAAUUCCAAGACAAAAUAUCCGGUGGGAAGCAUCAAAGAUGCUCUGCAUAAAAAAAGGCCAAUAAUGGUUUUCUCUGUAUGGUGGCCCAACAGGUAACUUUUAAAUUUUAGUUUUCUGUAUUUUUCAAAAACAAAAAAUAAACGUGUUUCUUUUAUAAUGGGAAAA